GAAGGCGCGUGAACAGACGCGACAACACGAACCUGCCAGGCACAAGAGUUUCCAACAGCCUUGGGUUUAUAGCAACCUUUAACGACGGACACUGUAAUUCAAACUUGAGUAAACGGGUAUCAGAGCUCAGUGCUACCGGAUAAGCGCCACAGAUCGUCAUUUCAACCCCGCGAACUAUUGAUUCUUAUCGAGGAACAAUUGUGGCAACAAAAUAGCUGCAAAUCUCACAAGUUUGGGCAACAGAUUGAUAUGCGCCAGGGUAUAGCAGAUGACAGACUCCAUACCAGUGAACACCGAGCCCAGUAACCACGUGCCUUCUAUAGCCACCAACGACGCAAAAAACCAUUGUAUGAUCUACCUCAACAGGCGCAUACUAGACACCUGAGCGGAAAGGCAACAUGGACGUGGUGACAUGCAGCUGUGCCAAAUGCGGUACUUUUAUCGGCGACUUUGAGAACCUGUGGAACCAAAUCGGCAGAAGGCAUUUCAGCCCCGUCAGUUUGAAGAGAAAGGACUGGAGCGUUGGUCUACAGCACUCUGGAGAUGUUAGGAUAGCGCCGACAGAAACGAUUAUAGAGGAUAGUUAUCUGCAAGAUCUCGCCUGUGUAGGAUGCGAGGAAAAACUGGGCUUGCUGUGUCACGAUGCUCCACCAGGACAUAUCCUUCGAAAGGAUCAGCUCAUUCUCGAUCUGGAUAAAAUGAUGGUUAUCUCAGGAUCCACCAGGAAACCAUGCACACCAGUCAUCAAACAUACAUAUCCUCUCAAGAGAAAUGGCCCCAAGAUUGGGCAUGAUGAUAAUACCCAGGAAAACGGCAACGAAAUGAAUGGCCAAGAUGACAAUUUGGCGGUAGCCGAUAGUGAUCACCUUCCUCAGGCAGAUGAUGCCGAUCGACUUCAGCACCUCGCACAAUUUGCGGACUGGGCAGAAGGGGCUAUAGAUAGCCAGAAAAGGGAUAUUGAUCGAAUUUCUGCCUCUGUCAACAAAAUCGAGACGGAUAUGCGCAGCUUCAAGGAUUUUAUGGCAAUGGUACGGAGAGAACUGACAGUACGACCAACGAAUAUUGAGAUGGAUGACGUUCGUGCCUCAGUGCAUUCGCUGCGUGAUGAAAUCGACGAAUCCCGCUCUACCAAUGUCGCUAAGCCUGCUGAAGGAUCUCUAUCAUUUGAAGGUGUUGAUUUGAUAACGGAGAGCAUAACGUCGCUGAGCCAAAAAGUCAACGAAAUUGACUCCCUCAAGCUCGAGAUCCAGUUUUUGAAGAUAAAGCUUAAGCGGUCUGAAGACAUUACGAGGAAUGCCGGGAGAUACGCAGACUCGCAGCCGAGCACUCCUCUGCCUGUAACUGCGCGCCACCAAGACGAGUCCUCGGCGUAUGUCAGACCACUCGUGGAUCAAUUACAACGUAAUUCUACUGGAUUUGAGAAGCACAUGUCCAGCUCGCCCGCACUGGAUGAUAAACGAACGAAAAAGGCACGUCUUUCAGGAAAAGAUAUGAGAGCUGCUGUGGCGCCCCAUGUCCAACCUGGGUCUACACUCCGCAAGCCAUCCCGCCUCUCUCAUGUUCUCCUUCCAGUCUCUCAAGACCGCCUUGCACUGGACGUGGACGAGCUCGAUGACAUGGCACCCACCGGUGAUAUCACAGACGAUGCUGCAUAUGAGCCAAAGCCGGCAGGUAUUGAUCCGGCAACUGCCACGGGGGGCGUCACUCGGUCAUGGUCUCCAUUAAACGAAGGGCAGCCUGUGGCCUCAAAACCGAGUUGGCGAACUGCAAAUCUCCGCAAUUCUCAAAAUCGAAAGGCCAAAUCCUCGAGGAAGUCUCGGGGUGAGUCGGAUGAGCUCGAUCCAGAUUUCAUUCCAUUGACGGCCAAGGGGACAAAAGAUCGAAGGUAUACGGCGGGGCGGUGGUCUAACAGGCGCCGCGCCUCCGGGAAUCUUCAGGGUGGGACCGACGAUAUGGAGAAUGGUGAAGAGGACAUUGUACAGAGCGUAGAGCGAGAUGACGCGCCCACAAUUCCCCAGGCGGUGAUGUUGAACCCGGCUCAUCAGCAACCUAUGACUGAUGAAAAGCAUCAAAAAUCGAAGCAAGAGAUAUUACAGGCAAGAGAGCGGUUGGUCAAGGAUACUAUAGAGAGGGAGAUGUAUAUGGCUAUCUGAGGUUAGCUCACAAUUAUGCUGCGUUUCCACACGAACAUCUUCCAUACCCCGUAUAUAGGGCGUGCAGAAGUCUAGUCUUUUAUUCAUAGAUGCCUUCCAUAUUGGCUCGAGUUUAAUAAACUCAAGUAUGUGUACGCGUUUAUUGAGCGCAGCUAGUAGCAGUAUAGUUUUAGCUCUGAACUUUAUAUCUGUAAGUUAGUUAUAAAUAUAGUCGCCAUUUUUAUAAGGAAAGUCGA